GUCAUUGCUUUGGCAGGAAGUCAGUCAGUCAGCUUCACUUCAGCUUCAGUUUCAGGAAAUUUUCUUUUCUUUUAGAAAUUAAGUGAAUUUGUGAAUCCUAAAUUUAAACUGUUUAUAACUGUUUAAAAUUUAACACAUAUUAGUAACAUUUUACGGUAGUUGGCAGGUAGAAGGCCGUGAAAUAAUUUAGUUUUUGUGCAGAUCAUUAUCAUUCGCUGUUCCUAACACUCGAGUUAAAAGAACUUUGAAAGCAUAUUCUUAGUUGCAUAUUUUACCUUAUAUUCGCUACAAUGUGUGACAACGAAAAAGAGGAAGCUGCUAAUCUGAAAGAAGAGUUUGAAUGGGUGCUGCGGGAGGAGGUUCACUCAAUUCUUCAUCAAUUGCAUACAGUUUUAGUUGAAUGCGCUCACAGGUUCCCUGUUCCAUUGUAUGGCAAUGAAGGCCAGAAGCAGGAUAAAUUCAUUUUAACAUCACAACCGGAACAGCUAAAGUGUAUUGUUACCCUCACCGGCGACAGCAUUACACAUGCGGACAUAAGUUUCAAAGUUCUCCGUCAAAUGCACACUAUCUGCCGCACAUCCAUCAACCAGGACGGUCCGUGGAAGCUGCAGCAGAUCCAAGACGCUGCCAACCAUCUCCAGCAGGCCAUCGGGUACAUCGACAAUGUGGAUAAACACUAUGUGUUCAGAUCAUCUGAUGAGGUCCUGCACAUUAUACAGUGCCUACUUGGAUCACUGCAACGUGCCAGAACCGCCCUAGUACUGCCUAAGAAAAAAGCCAUUGAUGAACUUAUGAAGAGUAGAAAUAUGAAAGCCCUCUCACCAAACCUACCCGAAGACCUAGCAAUAUCAUUCUACAUACAGUCACAUAAGUUAAUCUUCGUUGCGUACCAACUGAGCUCAGUGCACGGGACAAUGCGCAUAGACUCGUGCCAGGCGGACUGCGCUGUGCCGUGGCUCAGUGACGUCUUGUACAUGCUCACAGCAUCCCUGCACAUGUGUCAGCAGUUGAAAGAUAAGCUAUGCGUGUUUUCGCAGUAUAAAGACUUCACAGUGGGAUCAAGGUCGGCAUCCAUGGUGUUCAACUAAAUUCCGCCUGUUAUUUGUCGUGCUAAACACUGAGCGCUAGUAAAGAAAUAGCGACUUAGCGCUGGAUAUGUGCUGAACGACAUCUCAAGGAACGAACCUACAUUAAGCGUAUGCAUUUGAAAUGCUUGAGCGCUUAAAAGCUGUUCAACACGACAAAAUGUAUUGGUAAGAAUCCACUUUUAGCAGGCCCGCAUCAAAUACAUUCAUAGUUAUUUUUAUAUCAGCCAUUUCAUAGCUGCAGGAACAGAGAGAGAUUUGAGUGUCUACUGCCCUGUGAUACCGAAUAAAUAUCAUGCGUUACGUUCAUUAGUUUCAAACUUUUCCGACAGGGGCGCUUAUCAAGAUCUCAUACAAAACAACCUAUCAAAUGUUGUGUCGGAAAGUGUCAUACUUAUUCGGGAUCAAAGCAUGCAUCUUUGCAUGAUUAUGCA